UCGACUCGAGAGUCCCUCAGGCAGCUUUCGAUUUCGCCCUCUGGACAUCGACGCCUGCUGUUCUGCUGUCCCCGCCGUCCCCAUCGCCGCCGCUCGACCGUCGAGCGGACAGACAUGUCCCGUUCACGAGUAGCGACAAAUUGCGCCGGCGUUGCUCGGACCGGGCGCUCAGUCGCCUGGAGGCAGCAGACCCGUAGCCCAGACUCCGCAGAGACGUGUCGCAGCGUCCAAUCAGCCCCCACGUCCUCCUACUCCCACGACGAUCAGAUGAUGGAUGAUGGAUGUCCUCGGUACCUGGAUUCAUUGAGCGCCGUAAGUACCUCGACGUCGAUGGCAAUCCCAGUGCCCGUCACGAUGAGCGAUGGGCAUCACGCAACCUGGGGAUCCCGGAUCCGCUGCGCUCCAUGGGACCGGAUGUGUACGCAUCUUGCGGUGCUGUGCUGAGCCGCCAUCUCUCUCCGGGCCUGCACCCUCCGCUCUCCAUGGGCUGUCGACCGAGAUGGCCGAGGGCGCGGCUGCUGUCGAGCACCCGAUCUCGUACAUCUAUCUACUUCCAUUAGCAGUUAUAUACA